GAAGAAAUUAUCUAGUCGGGAAAAGCAGCAGCAGCAGCACAAUAUUACGUGGUGGGCGAGCUUUUCGGCUAGGACCUGGAACACAGUUCCCGCAGUUACAGAAAUAGUGCAAAAAUUAGGUGCCAAACUUAUUGUUCAACAUAGGCUGUUUGCUGUGUGUGAAGAUGAAUGCCAAUCGAAAUUGUUUGAUUUUUUCUUCGCUGGUGGUCUUCCUAGCGGGCUGCACAGUGCGGGGAGAAUCGUUCAUUGACUUAAACCAGUACCACCGGAUGCCGAAACUUUACGCAUACGAUGACUACGAUCAAUGCGUGGAUGCAUACAACACUCCAGACCCGGUAUACUGUGUGGCUCGUUCGGUUAUCAAACCGGAUAAUCAAUCCGAGCUUUGGAAAUUUAUUCAGGACUUUACCAGCGACACCUACAGACACUUUCGACACGAUCAUUUGGACAGAGGUUUAUGCGUCGAUCAGUGUCGCCGCUUAGUAGCCAGCCUCGACAAUGAAACCCUCCAGCAAUUGUACGUUGAGAAGUUUGAUAUUGAUUUCCCGUAUAUUCUUCAAUCACAAGCGUUUGAAAACGUAAUCCACGAUCAAAGCAAGUACGGUAGACUGAUCAAUAUUUGCGAAAACUACAUCCUGAAAAAGGUUUACAAUCUAACGGCAUACACGGAAAUUGAGUAUUGCGCCCGUUCCGAACGAAAAACCAACAUCGAUUUGCUGGAUAUGAGCUUUAUAGCCAUUUCGGUGCUGCUGAUUUUUCUGGUUUGCGCAUCCAGUUGGUUUGACUAUCGCAUGAACAAAAGCAAGGAAAAUGAACACUAUACUCAGGAAAUACCCAGCAGAUCAACAAUGCUUCUCGUCUCUUUCUCAAUAAAAAGGAACUGGUAUCGGCUGAUAAGCCGAUCCAAGGAUCAACUGAAUGAAGAUUUGCGGUUCUUCCAGACAUUUCGAUUCUUUACGUUUUUCCUCGUUGUAGUUGGACACUGUGUCAACAAAUUCACCGUAACACCAAUCAGUAACCCGUAUGACCUCGAGCGAGAGUAUUACGAUCCCCUUUCGAUGGCAAUGAUCAACGGAUCGCAGAUCGUACAGACGUUUUUCGAGAUGAGUGGAUUUCUGUUGAGUAUCCACUUUUUCACGAACUGCUCCCGAAUGAAAACGGUUCCGUGGACGGUGGUUUUGGGAGUGGUUUUCUACCGUUUCGUGAGACUGACUCCUGCAUAUGCGUACGUUAUUUUGCUCCAUGCUACGUGGUUUCCGAAGCUACAGGACGGUCCACUGUGGAAACGUGGAACAGAGGCGGAGAAAUAUUUCUGCAGAAAGAAUUGGUGGACUAACCUGCUCUAUGUUAACAACUAUGUUAACUCUGAUGAACCGUGUUUACAACAAGCGUGGUAUCUAGCCUGUGACUAUCAACUGUUUACACUGGGAUUGAUCAUGGUAGUUGCUAUCACCAAAUACCCCAAGCAGAGGACCGCAAUAAUUUCAACCGCGAUAAGCUUGACGUACAUUGUUCCAGCUCUCGUGAUAUAUUUCGGUGAUUUCGACGGAGCCUUCAUCAAUCGAUUACAAGAUCAACGAUUUCUGUACUGGUUCGAUAGAAUGUAUCAAUUAGUGUACAUCCCGUUUCAUACCAAUAUGGGCUGCUAUUUCGGGGGAGUCAUUUUGGGUAUUAUCUACUACAAACAACGAAAGCUCAGGCACAGCGGAAACAAAUCUUGGUACAUGAAAUUACUUUGGUAUGGCACCGCACCGGUCGGAGUGCUUUGCCUGAUGAGCAAUUCAAUCUUUUACUUGUAUAACUUCGAGAAGCCCUCGAUUUGGAUGGCCAUCUACUAUCCGAUAAUGAAAAACAUGUGGGUCUUUCUCGGAGCCAUGAUGCUGUAUGGAAUAAUUUACGAGUAUAGCAAGGUGAUUAAAGGUUUCCUGAACUUCUCAAUUUUUGUACCACUUGGAAGACUCACCUAUUGUGCGUACGUGUGUCACGUAUUUAUGAUGAAAAAUGUCUUCUUCGGCACCAGAGAAGUGGGAUAUUACAGCAAGAUGGCCCUGUUUUCCAAAGUAAUAACCAUUGUGGUGACAGCGUAUUUUCUGGGCCUUAUACUGGCCCUUACUUUGGAGCUUCCAGCCACCGCAAUUCAGAAACACUUGUACGCGAACAAGAUUCAAGAGGCAACUAGAGCUCCAGAUCCAGAACCGGUUGAACAUCGGAAGAGGGAUGAGAGUAUAGAGCAAAAUGGACAUUUGUCACCUUAAGCUUUAUUCAACUAAACAAAGAUUGAAUUAAAAGACUGUAUAACUAGGUAUAAGCAGAACUCAAAUAAUAACUUUUUAAUAAGAAUCAUAAAUAAUUACUGCUUCUAUAUCACAUACAAUAGAUGAAUGAAU